AUUGAAGUGCUUUACUGAUUACAUUCAAAGCUUUCAAUAGAAUAAGUACAGUUGAAACGAAAGCUAAAUUGAAUGUUGUAAUUUAGUUUUCAAAAUGAUUUUUCAAGAAAAGACUGCGACUUCUGCAAAACUGUUUGUAGCCCUUGGGCUGUCUAUUCUCAUAUACAUGGCUGACGGGAUCAACCAUUCCCAACUCGCACCAUUCUUCCCAAAUGAAGCAGAACGGAAUAAAGGUGUAUCGAAACUGCUCGUGGGGGCCAUCGUCGGCUGUUUCGACUUCUCGAUGUUCUUCUUCUCGGUCCUGCUGCCGUUCGUGGUCAAACCCGAGUGGAACAAAGUUCUCUUUCUCUCCGGCGCUCUUCUGGGGGCUAUAUCUAAUACGGCAUUCGGGCUAAUGGACGUCAUAAAUUCCCACCUGUGGUUUUCAACUCUUAGCUUCAUCUGCCGAAUCUUCCUGGGACUUGGAGGCAGUCUUGUGUAUGGUGCUGGGAUCCCCCUACUAACUUCAAUUGCACCCCAAUACGCCGGUCGAAUCACGUCCCUCGCUGAGUCAGCAGUCGGCUUCGGUGUAGCUAUCGGACCCCCAAUCGGCAGUGCCAUGUACUCCCUAGGAGGGUAUAAGUUUCCCUUUUUGACAUCCGGGGCAAUCGAGAUAGUUUUGGCCCUGCUGACAUUCUAUGCUCUACCUUAUGGAUCAAUUAACGAAGACGACGAAAAAAAAUCUUUGUUGGACCAGAAAACCUGCGACAUUAAUGAGGAAGACGAGCCUAAGUUAAAACCCACUGAUGACUCGCCUCAAAAUGAGUUGUCAGAAAAAACGGCCAGCACUUUUCAAGCUGUCCUCGACUUCCUGGCUAUUCGUGGAAUCUGGGCUUUCAGCGUACUUCUGAUUUUGCUUGGCGUGCCGCUAGAAUUUUUAGGUGUUGGACUAUCUCCGUAUCUUCUGGAACAAUUCGACAUAGAGGGAGGUUCCUCCGGCUGGUAUUUCUUGACAGCAUGUGCUUUUUACACAGUUUGCUCUCAAUUUGUUGGCUACGCAACAGAUAGAGGUUUUGCUGCUCAUUCAUUCUUCUGGCUUUCGAAUAUGGUCAUCAUUGUCACUGGAAUGUACGCUCUUCCCGUUUUGGUGCCAUUCCUGGAAAACAAGUACUAUGUGGUAUUUGUACUGGCUCUCAGUGGAGUCGCGACGUCUGGCAACUAUGCGCCAACUUAUCUCAUUCUACAAGAAAUAGCGAAGAAGGAAGGCUACCCACAUAGCAUUGAAAAACUGCAACUAAUUGUCGGAUUUUGGAUCACAUUCUCGAUGUCAGCUGGAGGAAUUCUGGGCUCAUUUGUGUUCGGCGGCCUCAUUUACUCUGCAGUCGAUUUCGAGUUGACCUUCUUAACCUUGUGCGGAUGUCUAGUACUAGGCAGUAUCUGUAGCAAUGGGUACCUUAUUUUUUCUGGAAAUUACAGAAAAAUGUACUACACUGAAGAAUCUGUAGCUGUAAAAACGCAAUAGCAAAAAGCUGACGGUUGGUUUCAAAUUGUUUGAUGAAACUUGUUGAAAUAGCAAAAAAAAAAUUAACUCAAUGCAAACGAAAUUGUGGCUUGCUUUUGCUUUUACGAACAAAGCGGACCUACUUAUAGAGGACUAAAAAGUGCAAUCAGCUCUUGCUCAAAGAUGAUUUAGCUCCGCUGUGCAAAAAGACUAAAUUUGCAGACCAGCGAAAAUGAAAUUUAAAAAAAUGGCUUCUAAAAUAGAAAAUAUGAAGAACGUUCCCGAAAACAAAGUGA